AUUGUUAUACAUAUCUAAAAAUGGCAGCUGUGCGUAUGCAUUCCGUGCUGCUCCGCAGUGCUCCUUCGAUGGGCGCGGGCAGCCGUCGCCUGUCCGUCGUCGUUCGCGCAGAGGGCCAGAUCAACCCUAGCAUUCGCAAAAGCGAGGAGAAGGUAGCUGAUUUUGUGAAGAUGGGGGACCUGCCGAAGCCAAAGGCGGUCUACUGCCGUUGCUGGAGGUCUUCAAAGUUCCCUCUCUGCGACGGUGCGCAUUUGAAGCACAACAAGGAAACCGGGGACAACGUCGGCCCUCUGGUCAUUACCGACACGGCCACAUCCCCGCCAUCUCAGUAAAAACGCGCCUCCAUCACACUAAGAACGCGCAUCCAUUACACUACUUGCCUCCCUAUCUGUGAAGCCCUGUGAGCGACGGAGGCCGCAGGAUGUCACAGACUACCAUGUCCCUUUCACUGCACCGGUUGGCCACCUGCCCUAAUAACCCAUUAGGGCCAAGACCCUACCUCUGAACGCCCCUGCACGCCCAGUCGGCUCCUUCCAGGGCUGCUGCGGUAUCAGCACGCACUAGCAGCGGGCGUUUCUUCCCGAGUGGAUGUAUGCCACCCGCCAACGUACAUAGGGGCUAUAACAACGAACUCCAACAUUGGUUUGUUCAACGAAUUCCAACGUUAGUUUGAGUUCGUUAAGCAAGCGGCGUUCUGUGCUGGGAAUGGCGCUUGCUUGGGAGCAGAUAGGCACGGGUUAGGGUAUGCCGGUGGCUGGGCUGUCUGCAGUGUUGAGAGAGGGGUUGUCUACAGUGCAGGAGGUGACUGAGCUUUUGAGGAGGCUCUUGCUUGCCGUGUUUUUGAGGGUUACAACUGUUGCCACAAUUUAUUACUAGGUACUUUUGAAGGGUGUUGUAUCAGGCAGUGAGCGCAGAUUCUGCUGCUUUUCUGGGCACAGCACCGGCCCCAUGGUAUCGCUAGCCCGUCCGUGUGUGACCGUUGCUUGUAGUUGGCUUUCUCUUGUUGGGCUCCAGCCAUAGUAACGCAGCGAUCAUGUGGCCUCCGACCUCCUGUAAUCUGCGCCGGGUAUUAA